UGAAUUUUCAAUCUGCUGGGAGGGGGUUCUCCCCCAAACUCAACUGGGAGUGUUUCCAGCUCGCAGGGAGCUAUUGACAGUGGUCCCACCUUUGCGGGCAAUCUUAAGCAGCCUCGUUAGGGUUUGUUGACUAAUGCUAAAGAAAGGUUUGCUCUCUGGGCUGGAAUUACCGGGCAAUGUUAUCGGGUGCCAUAAAGCGCUGUGGCCGUUGGGGUUACUGAUUAACACGGCUUCCAGACGUCAUCGGCUUCCCAGUGGCCAGGCUGCUCUGAGACCUCACCAAGCUGCCGGGUCUGUGUCCUGGGAACAAAGCUCCUUUAUAAGAAGAGCUGACAGAUCUGCUGGGACGCUUUGCAAGAGGCUGAUCCGUAUCCCGGAGGCAAGCGCUUUCUCCACGGAAGGCCUCUCAGACAACCUGCACAUGGAGAACGAAGCCAGAGGGGAGAUGGAGAAGGCGGGAAGGGCGGUGGAAGAGGCAGCACAGUUAGAGGCUCCCAAGGAGCCGACUCCAAACACGGACAGCAGUCCAGGAGUCGAAGUCUGUGCCGUAGAAGAGGCAGCCUCCUCUUGUCCCGCUGCAGCAAAAUGCCCGGCUGCAGAUGCUUCUCAGCCCCUGGGACUGAAACGUUCAGCAUCCCUGGAGCCCCACACCUCGAUAACAAUGGCCCCCCCACAGCCUGCCCCUGAGCCACACCACCAGCGUACCCCCAAAGCCUCAAUUGCCGAGAUGGACUGCCUCAUCUGUUUCAACCGGUACAGCGCUUCCCGGCUGCCGAAACUUCUGGCCUGCCAGCAUGCCUUCUGCGCCGUCUGCCUGAAGCUCAUCUUGCACAACGAGGAUCACACCUGGAUCAUCACGUGCCCUCUCUGCCGAAAAGCCACCGUCGUUUUCGGCGGCCUCAUCUGCAGCCUCCGUGACAAAGAGGAUGUCUUGAGCCGGCUGGACAGCCCUGACCCAGACGCCAAGGUGCCCUGUCCUCCAGACCCUCCGGGCAGCAGCCAAGCAAACUGCCGGUCCAUCUCCAGGAACCAAGAACCCGAGAGCAACCGGACAGCUGCCAAGAGACUGGUGUUGCUCUUGCUGCUGGUGGCCGUGCUGAUAGUCCUGGUUCUCCCUUUCAUGUACACGGGGCUGCUGAAGUGGGCCUUGAGUGGCGUGGUGGUCUUGGGGCUUGUCAUGUCAGGAGUUCUUUGCUGCAACCCUGGUUGGAGGAAUUGCUCGGACUUCUCCUUGCCCCCUUGGAGGAAAAAGGAGAGCCACGUGGCAUCGGUCGCCUGA